AUGGAGGUUCCUGAGGACACCCCAUCCCGGGUCCGGAUCCUAGGAAAAACCUUGGAAGCUUUUGCCCGGCACCGAUGCCAACAGGCUCCAAAAAGGAACUCUUGGGUAGGAAAACUGGAGUCCUCAUUUAUAGAAGCUCCACGCAAUCUAGAUAAGGGAGAAAGUCCCAGGUGGACACCCUUUGGGUUAGUAGGAAAAAUGGUUGAGAGUGAGAGAACGUUGUUUGUCUCCCUUCUGUUCCACUUUGACGAGGAGAUGGAACAGAGUCAGUCCAAAACCAGCUCGCUCACCCCCCUUGAAUGUUUGACUAAAAAUUUUCCAGAUUUUUCCAGGAGAGCCACUGGGUUUGGAGCCCAGGUGGACGCCUUCACACUGAGGAAGUUCUGUGAAAGGGAAUGGCCAACCUUUGAGGUUGGCUGGCCUGAGACGGGAAGUCUUGACCUGGGAAAGUGCACGGCAGUGCACGAUGUGAUCUUUGGGAAUCCUGGGCACCCUGACCAAAUGCCAUAUAUUGAGAUCUGGAUGAGUAUUGCUAAUGAUAAACCAAGGUAUGAGGCCCUCACCAGGUACCGCCAGACUCUAUUAAGGGGUAUCCGGGCUGCGGGUCAGAAACCCACCAAUCUGUCUAAGGUGACCGAGUGUAAGCAGGGUGCAGACGAGAGUUCGACUGCCUUCCUGGAGAGGUUGUACCAGGUAUAUCGAACCUGGACGCCCAUAGAUCCCAAGGCCCCUGAGAAUUUGCAGGCAGUCGCCCUCCAGUUUGUGGCCCAAUCUGCCCCAGAUAUUAGGAAGAAGUUGCAGAAGUUAGAGGGUUUUGAGGGGAAGUCUCUCUCGGAGCUGUUGGCUGUAGCACAGAAGGUUUUUGAUAAUAGAGAGGACCCCACGAAAGCCACUCUGGAACUGAAUAAGAAGAUGGCACAGGUCCUUUUGGCUAGGGAAACAGGAAAUAGAGAGGAAAGAGGGAGGGAUAAGGUUAAGAUUAUAGGAGCCACUGGGGAAGCAAGGAGUUACCCACAGUCCAUAGGAAGAGCCGCUGGCCCUGGCCUGAAGACUAUUACUCACUCUUUCCUGGUGAUCCCCGAGUGCCCUGAGCCACUGUUAGGUAGGGAUCUCCUUCAUAAGCUACAGGCCACCAUUUCCUUUGAGACAAAUGAAGGACCAAUAGUACAAGCAGGUGGCCGAAUUUUGCUCACCAUGCCGGUAAGGGAGGAAUAUCAUCUCUAUGAAGCACCACAGAAUGUAGGCAACCCGGACCUAUUAACAAGGUGGAAGCGGGAGAUCCCAAGAGUUUGGGCCAAGACCAACCCCCCAGGGUUGGCUAAGCAUGUGACCCCCAUAAUAGUCUAGUUGGUCAGCACUGACACCCCAGUCCGAGUCUGGCAGUAUCCCAUGAGUCGGGAAGUCCAGCAUGGUAUCAGGAACCAUAUUAGACGCCUAAAAGAGGCUGGUAUCUUGGUGCCCUGCAAGUCAGCUUGGAAUACACCCCUUCUCCCAGUCCGAAAGCCUGGAACGAACAACUUCAGACCAGUGCAAGAUCUGCGAGAGGUAAAUAAGAGGGUAGAGACCAUUCAUCCCACAGUUCCCAACCCUUAUACUCUUCUCAGUCUACUGUCGCCUGAUCAAACCUGGUAUAGCAUCCUAGAUUUGAAAGAUGCAUUUUUCAGCCUCCUCUUGGCCCCACAGAGCCAACCUAUCUUUGACUUUGAAUGGACAGACCCCGAGGAAGGUGAGUCAGGACAACUAACUUGGACCCGACUUCCCCAAGGUUAAAACUCUCCUACCUUGUUUGAUGAAGCCCUAAGCAAGGACCUACUGACCUUCCGAAGUGAGCACCCUGAGUGCAGCCUCCUACAAUAUGUGGACAAUCUGAUGAUCGCUGCCUUAUCUCGAGAGGAUUGCGAAACGGCAACCAGAGACCUACUCGAGGUACUGGGGAACUUGGGGUACCGGGUAUCGGCCAAAAAGGCUCAGCUGUAUACCCAAGAAGUAACCUACCUGGGCUACCAAAUUAAAGAGGGACGAAGGGCCCUGUCUGAGGGAAGAAUCCAGGCUAUCCUAAAGAUCCCGACCCCCACUACCAAGAGACAGGUCCGGGAAUUCCUGGGAGCGGUAGGCUACUGUAGGCUAUGGAUCGCAGAGCCCCUCUACACCGCCACUGGAGGAGGCGACACUCCUUUGAAAUGGACUGAGACGGAGGAAAGGGCUUUCCAGGCACUGAAGGAGUCCCUGGUAAGUGCCCCAGCUCUUGGUCUCCCAGACCUGAACAAACCGUUCCAGCUGUUUGUAGCAGAAAGUGCCGGUGUGGCUAAGGGAGUACUCACUCAAACCCUGGGACCCUGGAAGAAGCCUGUCGCCUACCUGUCUAAACGACUGGACCCAGUAGCAGCCAGAUGGCCUGGAUGUCUGAGGACAGUGGCAGCAGCCACCCUACUGGUGAAAGAGACUACCAAACUAACUUUUGGGCAGACCCUAGAAAUCGCCACAGCCCACAAUCUGGCCAGCUUACUUCGCUCCCCUCCGGACCGAUGGAUGACCAAUUCUCGGGUCACCCAUUAUCAGGUACUGUUGUUGGACCCACCCCGCAUUACUUUCAAACAGACUGCAGCCUUAAAUCCAGCUACCUUGCUCCCCAACCCAGAGGAAGACACCACCCAUGACUGUGGAGAAAUCUUGGAAGCCCUGACCUUGUUGAGAGCUGACCUGACGGACGUCCUGCUACCGGAUGCACAGGAAACCCUCUACAUGGAUGGGAGCAGCUUCGUGGAAGACGGCGUACGGUAUGCAGGUGCCGCGGUGGUCACCAACCGGGAGGUCUUGUGGGCUGCAUCCUUGCCACAAGGGACAUCAGCCCAAAAGGCGGAGCUGAUAGCACUCAUUCAAGCACUCAAGUGGGGAGCAGGGAAGAAGAUAAAUGUGUACACCGACAGCAGGCCUUGCAGGUGGUGCGAGGAAAAGCCAGAGCCGCUGUCCGGGAUGAAAAGCCUGGGACCCGGAGGGAGGAAAGCCGAGGCCAAGUCCCCUUGUUCGAGCCUGGUGAUUCCGUACUGGUGAAGAAGCUGCAUCCUGACCAUCUCGAAGCCCGGUGGGAAGGACCAUACACCGUGAUCCUGAGCAAGCCAACUGCCGCUAAGGUUGCCGGGAAAUGACACUGGAUUCAUCAUACUCGCCUGAAGAAAUCCGUGGCGGACCCCCCGGAAAUAGAGAAUCUGAGGAAAUGGUGUGCCGUACCCACCCCAGACCCAAUGAAGGUCCGCUUGGUCUCCUGCUAACUUGUAUGUGUUUUUUGCCUGGUGCACUUCUGUUUUACCUCUGCCACUGCCCAAGCUCACAUGCCUCCCACCCCCGAGUGUCCUCUCUGUACAUAUGGGAGCUGAAAAACAAAGAGGGAAAGAUGGUCGCCAACCAACUAACUGCCGGGCAGCCUAUAUUCACUCUUGACCUGUGUGAUCUAUUUGGUGCCAACUGGACCAGGGUAAUCUAUGCCGGCCAGACUGCAACCGGAGGGACUACUAUA